AUGUUGUUUUUUCUCUUAGGAGAAGCAAUAGAACAAUUAGGUAAUCGUUUAAAGCAAGAUCUUCAAAAUGAAUGUUCAGCAAAUGAAGGAGCAUUACUUUCAAUCCAAUCUACUGAUUAUGGUCUUUCACUUGAAAAUGAAACAAUGGGUGUACAUUUAUUAUUAACAACAUUACCAGCUAAUUGGCAUACACUUGAUCCAACAAUACAUUUAGAUCGAGCGAUGUGUAAACGUAAUUUUAAUGCUACAAAACAUGCAAAAUGGGUUGAUGAAGUUUGUAUUCAUCCAUCAAAUAAAGUUCUUGUUCGUUUAUUAAAAGAUUUACGACAACGUUUUCAUGGUCUUGAACCACUUAAUCCAUGGUUAAUUAAUUUACUUGCUCAUCAUUGUGUAACAAAUAAUAAUUCAACUGAACAAUUACCACCUAGCUGUGCAUUUAAACGAGCAUUACAACUUUUAUCAAGUGGUCUAUUUUUACCUGGUUCAAAUGGUUUAUAUGAUCCAUUUAGUGAUGCAAAUAUAAAUCCAUCUCGAUCACAUACAAUGAUGACACUUGAAGAACAAGAUCGUUUAUGUUAUACAAGUCAAACAUUAUUACGUGCUCUUGCAAUUCAUCCAAAAUAUGUACUUGGUAUUGAAAAUGGACCAGAUAUAUUUGCCGGACCAUGUCAACUAAAUGGUGUUCUAUUUGUACCAAAUGAACCUGUUGUAUUUGAUAAUGAAUCGAAUGGUCAUACAAUAAAUGACGGUCAACAACAAUCAAUGUUUGUGGAAGUCAAUAGUUAA